AUACUGAAAAAUGCACUAGAUGCCCAGAUGAUCAAUAUCCAAAUGAGAACCAAGUCAAAUGUAUCCCCAAAAGAAUAUCCUUCCUGUCCUAUGAAGAACAUCUGAGUAUUAUCCUCAUCUCCUUUGCCCUAUUCUUGUUCCUAACCACAGGCUUCAUUUUUAUCAUAUUUAUUAAAUACUUAGAAACUCCCAUUGUCAAAGCCAACAACCGUGACCUCUCCUACAUCCUCUUGAUCUCCCUCUUGUUUUGCUUCUUGUCUCCUUUUCUCUUCAUUGGUCAACCAAAAAAAGCCACUUGCCUUCUACGACAAACAGCGUUCAGCAUUGUUUUCUCAGUUGCAAUUUCUUCACUCUUGGCCAAAACAAUCACAGUGGUUCUGGCUUUCCUGGCCACAAAACCAGGAAACCAAGUUAAGAGAUGGUUGGGGAAGAGCUUGGCCAACUCCAUCAUCCUUUCUUGUUCUAUUGUCCAAAUUACCAUUUGCUCCAUCUGGCUGGGAGUUUCACCCCCAUUCCCUGACUCUGACCUGCACUCCCAGCCUCGAGAGAUUGUCCUUCAGUGCAAUGAAGGAUCUGUUACCAUGUUUUAUGUUGUCCUCAGCUACAUGGGUUUCCUAGCUGCCAUCUGCUUCUUGGUGGCUUUCUUAGCCAGAAACCUGCCAGGGGCCUUCAACGAAGCCAAGCUGAUCACCUUCAGCAUGCUGGUCUUCUGCAGUGUUUGGGUCUCCUUCCUGCCCACCUAUCUGAGCACCAAAGGGAAAUACAUGGUAGUUGUGCAGAUCUUCUCCAUCGUGGCCUCCAGUGCUGGGUUGCUGGGCUGCAUCUUCUUCCCCAAGUGCUACAUUAUCAUCCUAAGACCAGAUCUAAACACUAAGGAGCAGCUAAUGAUAAAAGUAGGGAAUUGA